CUUUACUCCUUGCACGGAGUAAGUUCGGAAAAACUACUAUCAAGUUUUAAAUUUAAACUAAAAACACUUUUAAAAUGUCUGGGUCAAAUCCAUAUGCAAAGUUCCUGAAGCAAUUCACUCAGGCUGGAACUACCUACAAAUAUUUUGAUUUGGCAUCGAUUGAUAGCAGAUACAGUCAGCUGCCCUACUCGAUCCGUGUGCUCUUGGAGUCGGCCGUGCGCAAUUGUGAUAAUUUCCAAGUUACUGAGAAGGAUGUCCACAGCAUCCUGAACUGGACGCCGGCCCUCAAGCAGGGUUCCAACGAUGUGGAGAUCGCCUUCAAGCCCGCCCGUGUCAUUCUUCAUGACUACAAUGGAGUUCCUGUCAUGGUAGAUAUAGCUGCCAUGCGGGAGGCUGUCUUGAAGCUUGGCGGUGAUCCCGAGAAAGUGAAUCCCAUCUGCCCUUCUGUGAUGGUGAUAGAUCACUCGGUGCCGGUCGAGUUUGCCCGUUCUGCAGAUGCAAUGGCCAAGAACCUGGCUGUUGAGUUCCAAAGGAACAAGGAGAGGUUUACCUUCUUGAAGUGGGCUGCCAAAGCCUUCAACAAUAUGAUCUGCGUGCCACCGGGUUCUGGAAUCAUUCAUCAGAUUAAUUUGGAGUACCUGUCCCAUGUCGUUGUGGAGGAUGAAGCCGCCGAUGGCUCCAAGAUCCUUUACCCCGACAGUUCCGUGGGAAAUGAUUCCCACACCACGAUGAUCAACGGCCUGGGAGUCUUGGGCUGGGGGGUGGGCGGAAUCGAGGCGGAGGCCGUGAUGCUGGGACAAGCAAUUUCCAUGGUUUUACCCGAGGUUAUUGGCUACAAGUUGGUGGGAAAACUAAAUCCGCUGGUCACCUCCACCGACGUGGUGCUGACCAUCACCAAGCAGCUGCGCCAAUUGGGCGUGGUGGGCAAGUUCGUGGAGUUCUUCGGUCCCGGAGUGGCCGAGCUCAGUCUGGCAGACAGGGCUACGAUCAGUAACAUGGGUCCGGAGUACGGAGCCACCAUAGGCUACUUCCCAGUGGAUGAGAACACCCUCAGCUAUAUGAGGCUGUCGAAUCGAUCGGAGAAGAAGAUCGACAUCAUACGGCAGUACUUGAAGACUACUCAGCAGUUCCGGGACUACGCUGAUCCAACCCAAGAUCCCAAGUACACACAGGUAGUUACCUUGGAUCUGGCCACAGUGGUUUCCUCAGUUUCGGGUCCCAAGCGUCCCCAUGAUCGAGUCUCCGUUUCUGACAUGCAAGAAGAUUUCAAGUCCUGCCUGUCCAGUCCUGUGGGCUUCAAGGGCUUCGCCAUUAAGCCAGAGGCUCUAAAGGAUGUUGGAAAACUCAAUUGGGACGAUGGCAAGACAUACAAGUUGCAGCACGGUUCCGUGGUCAUUGCAGCCAUUACAUCCUGCGCAAACACCUCGAAUCCCUCGGUGAUGCUAGGCGCCGGUCUCCUGGCCAAGAAGGCGGUGGAGAAAGGAUUAGAUGUCAUGCCCUACAUCAAGACCUCGCUCUCCCCUGGAUCAGGCGUUGUUACAUACUACCUAAAGGAGUCUGGCGUUAUUCCCUAUCUGGAGAAGCUGGGUUUUAACAUUGUGGGCUAUGGCUGCAUGACCUGCAUUGGCAACUCCGGGCCACUCCACGAGAAAGUGGUUAACGCCAUCGAGAGUAAUAACCUGGUCUGCGCUGGAGUGCUCUCCGGCAACCGGAACUUUGAGGGUCGCAUCCAUCCGAAUACCAGAGCCAAUUAUCUGGCCAGUCCCUUGCUGGUCAUCGCCUAUGCCAUCGCCGGACGAGUGGACAUUGACUUUGAGAAGGAGCCGUUGGGCGUGGAUGCCAAUGGAAAUAAUGUGUUUCUGCGGGAUAUCUGGCCCACGCGAUCGGAGAUCCAGGAAGUGGAGAACAAGUAUAUUAUUCCCUCCAUGUACCAGGACACGUACAGCAAGAUCGAACUGGGCACUGAGGAGUGGCAGUCGCUUCAAGUGCCCGAUGGCAAUCUUUACUCCUGGAACCCUGACUCCACCUACAUCAAGUGUCCACCCUUUUUCGAGGGCAUGACCCGCGAGGUGCCCAAGCUAAAGGACAUUGAGAAGGCCCGCUGUCUGCUCCUGCUGGGCGACUUUAUCACCACGGAUCACAUCUGUCCCGCAGGUGCCAUUGCCAGGACCUCGCCAGCAGCGCGUUACCUUGCCGAUCGGAACGUGACGCCGCGGGACUUCAACACCUAUGGCACUCGUCGUGGCCACGAUGGCGUCAUGUCCCGCGGAGCCUUUGGCAAUAUUCGCUUGGUAAACAAGUUGGUCGCUAAAACUGGACCUCGGACUCUGCACUUUCCCAGCCAGGAGGAGCUGGAUAUUUUCGAUGCGGCUCAGCGGUAUCGCGAGGAGGGGACUCCUCUGGUUUUGGUGGCUGGCAAGGAUUAUGGCACCGGCAGUUCCCGAGAUUGGGCUGCCAAGGGUCCGCUUUUGCUGGGCAUCAAAGCUAUUAUUGCCGAGUCCUACGAACGUAUCCAUCGCUCCAAUUUGGUGGGCAUGGGCAUUAUUCCAUUGCAGUUUCUACCUGGUCAAAGUGCCGAGACAUUAAAACUAAAUGGUCAGGAAGUUUACGACAUCAUUUUGCCAGAGAGUGGAUUGAAACCGGGUCAAAGGAUCCAAGUUAAGGCAAAUGACAUAAAUUUUGAGACUAUUUUGCGCUUCGACACGGAUGUGGAUAUUACUUAUUACAGGCACGGAGGCAUCCUGAACUACAUGGUUCGCAAAAUGCUUUCCUAAAUGUUAAAUGUUUUUUGUUUUAAUUUUAUAAUUGAUUACAAUUUGUAUAUAUUUG